AUGGAUUCUCAAGGAGGCAGAGCUACGGGUCGCGGUAGACCCAGAGGCAGGGGUAGAGCCCGAGGUAGGGGCAGGAUUCCUCCUCCUGUUGAAGAGGUAUUCGAUAAUGACGUUGAGGCAUCGAAUGUUGAGCUGCCUGUUCCACCUGUUGUGGAGGCCGCAAAUGUUGUAGAUCCCAUUCGUUUGUCAAAGUUGGCAAAGGAGAUAUCGAGGAGGAAGUACUUUCCGCCUUCUGUGAGGGAGCAAUUGGAAAGGGAUUUUGUCUCGUUAGUCCAAGGGACUAAGAGUGUGAGGGAGUAUGAGGCUGAGUUCUCAAGGUUGUACCGCUUUGUAAGGCAGAUGGAUGCUGAGAGCUUAGCUAUGAAGUUUCAGUGGGGACUGAAUGCUUCAAUCCGGCGCGAUGUCGCUGUUCUGGAACUGAAGACGGUGGAACUCAUUUUCGCUAAGGCUAUGGCCAUUGAGCAGGAGAACCUGACUUUCCAGGAACAGGAAUCGACUGAGAGAGAUUUUCAAAGAAAGGGAAAGGCAAUUGCGGGGAGCAGUAAAGCAUCUGGAAAUCGAAGUGGAUUCUGGAAGAGACAGAGGACUAAUCAGCAGGCGCCAGCUAGGGCUGCAGCUGCACCUGCUAGGGUUGCGCCUAAUAGGCAGGUGGCAAACCCUAAGUGUUUCAAUUGCAAUGAGAUGGGCCAUGUUGCUCGAGCUUGCACGAAACCUAAGAACUUGGCAUGCUUCACAUGUGGCCAGACGGGGCACUUCUCAAAGGAUUGUACCCAGCAGGGUAGGGGACAAGGGAAUCAGCAGAGGCAACUGCCUCAGGGGCAGGCUAGAGUGUUUGCUAUUGGUCAGCAGAAUGCCGGAGUGGAAGGUACCUUAUCCUUAUUUGAUUUCUUUGCUAAGGUGUUAUUUGAUACGGGAGCGUCCCACUCUUUCAUAUCUAGUUCUGUGGUUGAUAUGUUAGGUUUGACUCCUAGGCCUCUUGCUAGACCCUUGUGUGUUAUUUCCCCACUUGGUGUUUCCCUUGAGCUUGAUAUGUUUUGUGAUGCAUGUCCAAUUGUGAUUGGUGGUAAGGAGUUUACUGAUAGAAGCAUUUUAAUGUGA